AUGUUGUUCACUUCACUUGCUGUUCUUGUUGCUGGCGCGACUUCAGUUCGCGCGCACGGAUACGUUCAGUCCGUCAAUAUCGCCGGCCAAACAUAUCCCGGCUGGCUACCAUUCUCGGACCCAUACAUCCAACCCAAUCCCCAAACCGUUGUCAGGAAAGUAGCGGAUGAUGGCCCAAUUACUUUUGAUUCCGGCGAUCUUACCUGCAACAAGGGCGGCGCAGUCGGAAAUGGCGAAACCGCAACAGUUGCUGCUGGACAAUCUGUGACAUGGACGAUGAACACAUGGCCCGCUGACCACAAGGGCCCCGUCACCGUGUACAUGGCUAACUGCGGGGAUAGCUGCGAUAGUUUUGAUGGAUCUGGCAACAAGUGGUACAAGCUCUCAUCCGAGGGUCUGAUCGACGCUCCGAAGUUCUACUGGGCAUCGGAUAAAUUGAUAUCACAAGGCAACUCAUGGACGCAAACGAUUCCUUCGAACAUCAUGCCAGGCAACUACCUCAUGCGUCUCGAGAUACUCGCCUUGCACUCUGCGGGAUCGCCUCAAUUUUAUCCUUCAUGUACGCAACUGAAGGUCACCGGUGGUGGAGAUGGCGCCCCUGGUGAAUCCGAGCUCGUUAGCAUUCCAGGGGUAUACAAAUCUGGCGAUCCCGCGCUAUUCGGAAGUAUCUGGGAACAGCCGCAGUCGUGGCCUCAGGUUGGUCCAAACGUUGCUGCAUUCGUCAACGGCGGAUCGGCUCCUGCCCCUGCUCCCGCUCCUACCACCUCGGACCCCGAACCAUCGAGCUCCAAGCCCGCUCCCUCGUCGACAUAUUCCGAGCCCGAGUCGUACCCCUCCCCUACCAAGGGUCCCCUGCCCACUGCUCCAGUCGCGACAACCAAGACCAAGGUAUGCCGUAUCAAGCGCUCGCAAAAGAACCACUUUGCAAAGCGGGAGUAUUUGCGCGGAUGGGGCAAGAAGAGACUCUAA